CCAGCGGCAGACCCAGCUCGCCAUGGACAACUCCGGCAAAGAGAAGGAGGCCAUGCAGCUGAUGGCUGAAGCCGACAAAAAGGUCAAGGCGUCCGGAUCCUUCCUGGGAGGGAUGUUCGGGGGGAACCAUAAGGUGGAGGAUGCCUGUGAAAUGUACGCCAGAGCGGCCAACAUGUUUAAGAUGGCAAAGAACUGGAGUGCUGCAGGGAACGCAUUCUGUCAGGCCGCUCGGCUCCACAUGCAGCUACAGAACAAACUGGACUCCGCCACCAGCUUCGUCGAUGCCGGCAACGCCUACAAGAAGGCCGACCCACAGGAGGCCAUCAACUGUCUAAAUCAGGCCAUUGACAUCUACACUGACAUGGGUCGUUUUACCAUCGCAGCCAAACAUCACAUCACUAUAGCAGAGAUUUAUGAAUCUGAGCUGGUUGAUAUUGAGAAGGCCAUUGCCCACUAUGAGCAGGCAGCAGAUUACUACAAGGGAGAAGAAUCUAACAGCUCAGCCAACAAAUGUCUUCUGAAGGUCGGACACUACAGCGCUCAGCUGGAGCAGUACCAGAAAGCUAUUGAAAUCUAUGAACAGGUUGCCAUGAGCACCAUGGACAACCCUUUGUUGAAGUACAACGCUAAAGAGUAUUUCUUCAAGGCUUCAUUGUGUCACUUCAUAGUAGACGAACUGAACGCCAAGUUGGCCAUUGAGAAGUAUGAGGAGAUGUUUCCGGCCUUCUCGGACUCAAGAGAGCUCAAACUGCUGAAGAAACUCCUAGAAGCCCACGAGGAGCAGAACAGCGAGGCAUUCACGGAGGCCGUCAAGGACUUCGACUCGGUGUCUCGUCUGGACCAGUGGUUGACCACGAUGCUGCUGCGCAUCAAGAAGACCAUCCAGGGCGACGCUGGGGACCUGAAAUAGACAGGUUUAGAGAGAGGGGAGAAAAAGGGAGGGAGACAGGGGGAAAGGGAGAAAAGAGGGUGGUAAAGAGAGAUGACAGCUCAGGAUACAGGGGGGGUUGAUGAUUCAAUGGGAGGGAGGAGGAUGGGUAGCGAAAGGCGUUCCGGUGGGAAAAAAAGAUAGACAGCGACGCAGAGAGGUGGGGGGUUGUGUGUGUGUGUGUGUGUGGGGGGGGGGUGUAUAAGGGAGGGAGGAUGGGACUGAGGGAG